ACGCUCUCCUGAGACGAGAAACGACAAGGAGCAUUUGCUGUCGUCUCUUGGCGACACUGGGUGAAGGCCCUUUGCGUAGCCUGGGACAUGCAAAGCAAGCACUUGAAAUGAGCCUCUGAUGUUGGUCCGAGUUAUUUGAAGCCACACCUCCUCUGUAGGCAUGAAGUCUUCCGCGUGCUUUGUCGCUCUGCUGCUGGUCUUUGCAGAUGGCAGGCUUUUUACCGAUGCCAAUGAAUGCAACCAAAAUGAAAACAUGCUGGUACCGGGACACUGGUACCAGUACGAGUUCCUCAUCAAGGCGGAAGCUGCAUCGGUGGGCAGCACAGACGACGUCAGCGAGAUGAACUUGGCAUGCCAGGUCAAGGUAUCCCACAUUGGCACCUGCAAGUAUGCAUUCGAGGUGCAAGAGUGUGCGUUCUCCUCUGGAGGGGGCCCUCCCAGUGACAAGGAACUGUGGAUAGAGCGGGACAACCUCUCAGAGAUAACAAAGUUCCCUGUGGUGGUGUCUCUCUCUGAUGGUGUGGUGACUGGACUGGAAGUUUCACCCUCUGAGCCAGAGCACAUUCUCAACAUCAAGCGUGCCAUGAUUUCAGCCUUCGUGUUGAAGAAGUCACAUAUUACGCAAGGAGCCGAGACAUCACGUGUGGACAUUCAUGGUACCUGCCCUUGGAAAAUGUGGCCUGGCACUGAGCCGGGAGUGGCGCACAGUUCCAAAGACAUGCUCUACUGUGCCUUCCCCGAGAGGCCCGAUUGGAACCUGAGUCCUUGGGCCAUCAUGUGGAACCUGCAUUUCAUUCAGUACGUGAUAAAUUCUACGGUUGACUGCACCUACCGCGCUGCUGAGCAUGGUGACCACUUGGAGUCGCUCAGCUGCCACGAGAGGCACGCCAUCAAAUUAGAGUCCACACAUGACACCACAACGGCCGUCCAGACCAAUGUCUUCUACAAAAUGUUGCUGAAGUCUCGGGGAGCCAUGGAGGCGUCAUCUAACGACCUCGGUGACCUCCUUGACUUGGUGCCGGCAGGAAUCGCUUACAAGCACCUUCCCACGCCAGAUCCAACAGAGACGGGACUCCACGAAAGCGAGAAGGCAAGACUGGAAAGCGCUGCACGCAACAAGCUGUCUGAGCUCGUGUUUACAGCCGAGACAGAGGUCAGGCUCUUCACAAUUCCACUCUUCCACGAGUUCAUUGAACUGCUGAGAAAGAUGGACGACCUAGUGGACUUUGUUGACUCUGUUGCCAACUGCAACCGUAGGCCAGAUGACAGCGGUGUUGGCGAGAACUUGUGCUCAGAGAAAUGGAAGACGCUGGCCAUGUCCUUCUUGCAAGAUGCCCUGAUACAGAGCAACACGGUGCCGACCUUGCGCGCAUUUCGUCAUCUUGUGACCAAUGGCCACGUGAACCAGGCCUACCUGCCGCUUGCAUUCCAUUGCUGGAGCUUUGUGCGCAACAAUGACACGCGCUACCUGGAAGAAGUGUUUGAAAUCUGCAAGUCUACCGAGCAUCGGAUGUGCUGGCUUCUGUUGGGACGUAUGGUGCGAAAGUAUCACGCCAACAACGAAGACAAGAAUGCUGUGUUGCCCGUAUUCGACACCAUCUUCAGGCACAUCACCACUUUCCUGGGCAGAAACUGUGACAUCGGCAUUGCGUCUUAUCCACCCUUGUACACCAAGCCACAGAAGAUAAACCACCUCAUCAUGAUGCUGAAGGCCCUGAGAAAUGCCGGUACCAUAGCCCAGGUUGCCAAUCGUGAUUUGGAGGCAACACUGAUGGCCUGUGCUCAAAACCGAGAGCUGCCCAUUCCAGUUGCUGUGUUUGCAGUAGAGGCAAUGCACGACUUCUGGCCAACGUACGACACCCUGUCGUCCGCAAGGAACCUGCUCAGUGACCGCACGAGACCUUGGGAGCUGCGCAUAGCGGUGUACAAGUUUCUGACCAAGGAACCGGACCGCUGGAAGUUUGGCAAAGCGGUUAGCAAUGCGCUGGAUGGUGAGCCCCGACACUCUGAGUUGGUGGACUACGCUGUGUCCGACUUUCUUGACUCGCUUCCCGAAGAAAUCAAGGUGGCAUUGGAGGACGGCAAGCUUGACAGCGACAGUGUCAUUCCUGGGGAAAAGUUCUACACCUCUGAGAGUCUUUACGGCAGCGGCAAAACACGCAAGUCAAACCGUCGGACAUUCGAGCGCCGUAUCAGGCUGCCUUUCAUGCCAGCCGAGCUGAGCGAGUUUGCCGUCAAGAUUGGCUCGGAAGAAGUGUACGGUGGCUGGAAGAACCUGCUGUCGGACCUCUCCCGAAACGUCACCUUGCAGCUGUUUGGCACCAAGUUUCACUUUGCCGACAUCACCGUUUUUCUCAAAGAGAUAGAGCAGUUUGUGCUCAGUACAGCACAGCUGAAAGACGGCCAGUGGCGGCCCGACUGGGAGGCCUUCUUCAACCUGCUUCUGCCAAAAGGAGGCGCAACCAGGCUGAAGCAGCCGCUGAGGCAUUUCCCAAAACUACAGCAGGGACUCAAGACGAUCCUGGAUGCGAUGCCACCCGCAGGACGCAUGUCACUCACGCCUGUCGUGGACUUGAACAUGUUUGGCACAGACCUGACAUUCUCGAGCUAUGGUGAGAUCAUCGCAGCCCUCGUGAAUGCAUUCGUGCCACCUGAGCCGUUACACCAGAUGUUGAGGCACCCUAGGUCGUUCGAUGUGACGCGCACCAUCCGUGUGAUUGAGGGCUACCACCAGGUUCCGACCAUGCUGGGCCUGCCGCUCAACUGGACCACCAGCGCUACCCUGGUGGCUUCGCUGAGAACCGAGGCACAUCAGACAAGGCCAAGCAAUCUUGCCAUCAAACUGCACCCCAGUGGAGCACUGACCUUCCUAAACCGCAUGGUGCUUGACUUCCCGACCAAGACACGGAUGGGAGUGCAGGCCAACAGCUCUGCCUAUACGACCACUCAACUCAAUGCUUUGCUCAACCUGCAACAGCAAUCUGUUCUCUUUGAAGUUGAAGUUCCAAGGAAAGAGCAGAAGAUUCUUCAGCUUGUGCGCACUAAUCAAAUGAUCAAACAUGAUCGUGUUGAAGAAAUGGGCGACUGGAAUGUCCAACGUGUCAGUGUUGACUGGUGCACCGGGGACGGCCUUGGGCGUGCUAGCGGCCUGCAGUUCUGUCAUGACCGGUCGUAUGCCAAUGUCACUGACCUGAUGAGGCCGUGGUUCCUCAUGGCUGCACCAGCAAGCUGGCAAUUCGUGCUCAAGCCAUACAGCGAAGAUGUGAGGUCACUUGCUGUUGCUGCCACACUUCCGUCCAAACACAACAAACUCAGGAUCAACGUCAUCGCAAAAGGCACAACGACGAGAAACCUGCUGACGUACCAGACAAACACCGAGGGUGUCUUUGAGCUGGUUGCGCCUGACGUGCCUUUCCUGAGGGCAGCCAUGAAGCAAAGAAACUCGGCUGUGCGAGAUGGGAGCAAUGUCGUGGUGACCGAAUACGUCCUUGGAUACGCACCAGGCCAGCAACUCGUACUCAACUAUGAGGACCGCUCCAAGCAGGAGCAGAGGCAGAAGACGACCAAGGAGACCAACCGCGUCCUCGGUGGGCAGAGUGUGACAGUUGGUGUGAGGCAGCGAUCGCUCAAUGUGCAGACAAGCGCCAACAUCUACGGGCUGUCAUGGACAGUAAACAUACAGUCGUCCGGGGUCAAGCAGGAGCUGAGAUUCAACUUUGAAAGAGGACCCGAUGGCGAUGUGGCCUGGCUCAGAGAACUGCUAGCAGAUGAGUUCUUCACCGAAGACGGUUCUGGUGGCUGGGCUCAUUUUCUGCUCCACUGGAAGGCACCUGCCACUGUUGGCAGACACAAGGUUGUGCGUUCCUCGCACAGUCACCUGUCAACUCCCAAGACAUCAGUUGACCUCGCAACUUACUCACUUGAGUCCAGGUCACGACAUCUCCUCCAAGUUAACCUCACCAAAAUGGAGAAGGCAACACAGAGGCUCCUGGCCUUUGCCAACUACACUCAAGAGCAUUGGAUGCACAUGAAGGGAGACUUGACAAAGCGCAACGCCCUCUACAACCUGACCGUCUCCCACCACUCCUGGGCUCUCAAGUUCGAGGAGGAAUCUCGGAAGAGCACAGCUGAAGUCAGGGGAGAGCUUGCACUACUCAGCGAGAAGAUGCAGACGCGUCAGUCCAACUGGGGAUUCUUUAGCACUUGGUGGCAUCCCAGCACCAGCCAUCUUUUUGAGGCCAUACAUGGGAAGACCAGGCUUUUGUGGAUAACCAGGCCUCUACAAAGGAGGGACUCCAAAAAGAGUCUGCAUGCCACAUUUCUGGAGGCUACACUGCAACACCAUUAUGCAGACAGUAAUCCUCUUUCCCUGCAGCUUGAUGGAAAUCUCACACUUACGCCAUCUGGGGCUGAAGUUGGCUGGCUGCUAGGCUCACCCAACAGUGAGCUCAAGUGGGAGGUGUACUCAAAAUAUGCUGGGCCAACAAAGGGUGCCAGUCUCCCUGCCGAGGUCACCUAUGUCUCCAUUAUCCACCAGAAGGAGAAGCCAUUCGGUGCAUACAGGCUGCAGGUGAGGAGUUCCAUGGAGCCCUGCCUGACGUGGGAGCUCAGGCACAACAUCACCUCCGAGCCGUGGCUGUACACCUCAAAUGUCUCCUACGCGUGUGACCCCCUCACACAUGGAACCGAUGCGGCUAAGGCACACAUGAACCUUACAGUUUUCUCCGAGUCACCUCUCUGGGAACUACUGAACGUAGACCUGCAAGAGGCCUUCGAACUUGGCAUAGUUGGCCAUGAAUCCAUGAAUGUGACAUCUCCCUACGGUCAAGUGGUCGUGAAUGGUCAUUGGGAUGCACAAUCUAUGGUGAAAGAAUCCAGAUUUAUUGACAAGAACUCGAACUGGACACCAUUGGAAAUAGUUUACAAUGAGGAGAAAGGUGGCUGGAUCUUCGACGUGAAGUUGACACCUCACAAGGAAUCUGCGGCCUCCAAGACGGUGCAACUCUCGAAACGGUUGAGGCGAAGAGGCGCAGCCAUUGUCUACGAUGCCAGGGUCAUCGACAAGCUUCACGACUCGGACCCACAGGGCCAGGAUGUGAGUGUGUUCCGUGCAGUGGUUGUGCCCCGCCAUUCGGAGAAGGCAGUUCGAGCUCUGGCAAACGAGGCUGCAAUCAAGGCGCUGCUUGGCUCUGCGAGUCGUGCCACAGCAGAGUACGUGCACGCUGUCGCUGCUUCCCUGUACGACCCAGGGCACCCUGCCAACGUGAUGAUCUACCCGCUGACUGGAGCUCCUUUAGGAGAAACAUUCGACAAGGGAGGAGAGAAGGUACACAGCAUGCUCACUGAAGCAUGGAAAACAUCCCACGAAGUACUGGAAACAUUCCAUGCAAUCUAUGAUCCUGUCGUCUACACCAGCUCUAGUUUGGUCAAAAAAGCAUCUAGAGGUUUGGAUACUACUCAUGAAGCCUUCAAGCAAACAAUUCCCGGCUGGGCUUUCUACUACUUCAACCUCGACUGGGUGCUUGAUUACACUGUGCAUCACGUGCCCGAGUUGUCGGCACAGCUGGCCAAGAUGUACUUUACGCGGCCAACCAGAGUGCCUCACAUGGUGGAAAUUUCUGCCAACGUACCACACUCUCCUUCACAUAGCAUUGUUGAACGAAUGGCGAGUGGUUUUCUGAGGACUCGGGCGACACAGGCGUGGUCGCUGCCUCGACUCGAGAAAGGCCAGAAGGUGGCGGCCAUCUUUGGCACCGGGCACGUGGUGACCUUCGACGGCGUGUUCCUCGAAUUUCCCAGCUACCCGGCUUCGUACUGCACGUACCUCCUCGCGCACGACGUUGCUGGUCGGCAGUUCACGCUGACAACCAGUGCCGACGACCUGCUGAUUGACUUUCCCGAGAUUACCCUCACCAUCUCGGGACAGGAAGGCAGAGUUCUCGUGAAUGGAAGCGAUGCGCUUGUCCAUCUUCCUCUGGUGCUCAAAUCAGGCCAAGUGGACGUGUUCCGGGAGGGUCAUCUGGUGAGAGUUCGAGGACACGGCUUGACCAUUUACUGCGACACCAGCAAGUUCUUCUGCACGUUCGUGUUGGACCAGUCUCACCACAGCAACCUUCUCGGCACACUCGGCAAUGCGGAUGGCAACACCGACAACGAAUACGAGCUACCCAAUGGGCAAGUCGCAAAGGAUGCCGCACAGCUCGCUGCCGGCUACGAAAUGAGCGGCUACGCCGAGUGCCGGGCACUGCUCAACCCCGUCAAGAACGUGCAGGAGAACGGGGAGGAGUGCCGGCAGCGGGUGCCACAGAGCCUCAAGCACUGCCUCAUGGAGACCAACAUGGAGGAGCUGUUCCAGGAGGCCUGCUCCUGGGAUGUCAGCCACCGAACGAGCGCCUGCACCAGCAUCAACGCCAUGGCGGCCUUCUGCACUCACCAUGGCUACUGGGUGGACAACCUGCACUGCGACCACUGCCUGAACUCGCCAGAAGCGCAAGGCCAGAAGAGCUUCCGCGUCAAGUCUGGGCCUCUGCUCGAGGUGGUCGUGCUGUUGGCCGAGAGCUCGUUUGACCCCCACGUGGCAACCUCCGUGCUCGUCGGCACCCAGAAGCUGGUGGAUGCCGUGGACGCAUCUUUCAAGGCACGCGGCCACGACACCAAGUACGCCUUCGUGCUCAGUGGGGGUGGCAGCGGUCACCACUACCGGAAUCCUCACUUGCGUACUACAGCCAAGGAUGUCUUUGUGUCGCACAUUGAUGCUGCUGGCAAGCUUCUAAAGAGUGUCGGUCAGAGCAGCGAGACCAUGGCCACCGAUCUUGCUUUGACCCUGGACUACGCCCUGGACACUGUGCCUUUCAGCGCUGAAGCAGCCAGGGUGGUCCUGGCCAUUUCUGCGAGCGACUUCAACAGCUCUCGAAGUGAGCUGGACAUGCUUCACGACAAGGUGCUGUCCUCGGGCAUCACCGUGUACGCCUUCUCCCACUACCCAACCGUGGACCAGCGAGGCCGUGUGUUUGGACUGCGUGCCGACGGGCUCGUCUUUCCCGAGAGCACGGCUGGCGAGGAGUACCUCGACUACCCGUCCAGGGCAGGACUGCUGGCUAAGCUGGCUGCUGCGACCAAGGGAUCGGCCUUCCAGGUCCAGUUUGUUGAAGCUGGCUUGCCUGCCGAGUUCUUCAACGUGGUCGCCCAGGAAAUUUUCGCCAAAGUUGGCAAGGAGGCAAGAGGCUGCAGAGAGUGUGAAUGCGACAGGGGUCGUGCAUGGAGCUCUGUUGCUCGCUGCAGGCCAGUUGGUUGCUGAGUUUGAUGCCUCUGCUUCAAGAGGCAACACUUGCAACUUGGGUCAGCACUUAUUUUUGCCACCCAGGGAUGUCAGGAUAUUACUUUCGAAAGCACUAGCUUACAAACACACUAUCUCGCAUGCCACCUCACAACUGGAACAGUAGCUUACAGUGGCAUAGAACUCGAGCACUUAAGGAAAAAGCAGUGCACUUAUUCGUAUCAGACUGGGGCAUUUCAUCCUUCAGGUUUCCUCAUUGCAGAUACCUGACGCCCAAAUCACACAGUUGCCUUUUUGUCUCAAUACUAUUGCAACUGCUGCAAAAAGAGUUUAAAUUUUAAAUGUAAGCUUGAGUGCCCUUAUUCUGGCAGCAGUCAGUCUCCUCUUAAUCAAAAAUGACCUUCACAGGUAAAGCACACUGCAUCGCAUCUUAAUUUUCCAGCUUCAGAGAUAAGGACACAAUGUUGCUGGCACAAACAGCCACCAACAACAUGUAUGCAGUCACCCUCUCUACAAAAAAGACAGAUAUAAAGGAAUAUUAUCGCAUAUAAUAGAGUAAACGAGAAACUUUUGUCUGCAAUAAUGAGAGUGCCAGUGUGGAACAGGAUGUUAGUCAUUAUAUUUAAUUGGGAUAAAGUAUAGCACUACACCAGGACAAAGGAACAUAACGAACACAAUAAUCUAAUGGUAAUGAUUAGCCAAAUUUGGAGAUAUGCCGUACGGUUAUAGGUAAAAGCAACUCUAAAAGGUUAGUUAUAGAAACGGAACAUAUCUACUGCUUCACCGAGACCAGCGCAACAGCAUACCUUCCACAUCGAUCGCCACUGGUUAAGGAACGCCUAUUUCUGCCUAGAUAGCUGUUUGUCAUAUGCAGUGGGUCACAAUAGGUCAUACUUAUUUGCACUCCUUGUAAGUCUUUUUGAUUUUGUUUCUUUGUAUGUGGUAUCUUUGCUCAAAAUGUGUAUCAGUUUGUGGUGUACAUGAUUAGAGUGUUAGUACAACUGGUCACAAAAUAAAUAUUUUGUUACUGAAAGUA